GUCCGUGCUCUAUCUGCGAUGUCUGUGUGCAGCCCGCUCUCUGCCUCGCUGUGGACUUUUAUCCUGUGCUCGGCUUUCAGCGUGUGGACUCCAGUUCGAGGUGAGGUUCUGGUGAUCGGUUCAAAUCUUCCAAUCAUCGCCGCGCCAGGUGAUGAUGUCAUCCUGCCGUGUCACCUGGAGCCCAUGUUCGAUGUCCAGGGUCUGACGGUGGAGUGGUCCAAACCCGACCUGAAGCCCGACCCGUCGGACCGGCUGAGCCGAGUGGAGUACGUUCACCUGUACAGGGACAGGAAGGAGGUCCCCGACAUGAAGAUGGCCUCGUACUUCAGGAGGACGGAGCUGUUCAUGGACGACAUGAAACACGGGAACAUUUCACUGAAGAUCCUGAACGUGUCGGAGGAAGACAACGGCAGAUACAGAUGUUUCAUCCCCAAGCUGCAGAGCAGAGUGAAAGCUGCUGUUGUUGAACUUGUAGUCGAUCCAAAUGUCUCUGAAACCACGACGAUGGACAUGCUGCUGCUUCCUAGAAACCUCCAAACUCCUGAUCCUCAAGAUGUGACUCAGAGAAAUGUAGGUCGUUCCAGGGUCUUUGUGGACGUCGCUUUCAUGGCCUUAAUAUCAGUUGCUGCUUUUGCAGCAUAUUUUUCCCAUCGCCUGGUUCAGAAACAAAAAAAACAUCGAGAGGAUGAAGGGACCCAAAGCCAGCUAUGACAGUCUAGCUGUAUUGCUUAAAAGAGGCUGAUGAUAAUAUUUCAUGAAGCAUUAAAAUUUAUCUUUACAGGAUCUUCACAGCAGACUUGUUAAUAAUUUCACCUCCUCACUGCGUACGACUCUGGAUACUGUAGCUCCUGUGAGCUGAUUUAUCUUUGACCUGUUUACAGGUCAAAGAUAAAUCAACUCAAGACCUGCUGCAGGCUCAUCUCAUCAGUGAAAAUAAGGGCAGUACGACUCUUGCACAGAGAACAGAGCCGGCAGCACCUGCUGCACAUGAGGGAAGUUCACAUGCAAAGACCACAGUGUUCAUUUUCAGCUCUGCUCCACCAGCUCCCCCUGGUGGUUGGGGAACAUACUGCCGGUUGGGCACAGUAAUAACAGGAACUAUUUAUACUGUUUGUACGGUGCAUAAAACAGUUACAUAUUUAUGUAAACGUAUUUAUUUAUAUAAAAACUGAAUUAAGCUGGACAGGCUGUGGUUAGUUUUUUAAUAAAAAUACACA